AGUUAAUGGUUUACAGCUUAGAAGGGUUUUCAGUUUCUGCGUUUUAUGGGCUUUCUUUAUUUGUGCAUUUGCGCAUUGUUCUGGUUUCGAGAUCUUGCAACAGCGAAUUAGUUUGGAACGUAAGAACAUUUGACUUUGGCAGUUGAAUCAGUCUGAAAAGGAAUAAGACGGGAACAAAAGUGAUAACUUGAAUACGCAAUAUCUAAGUGACGCCGGCCACCUUAAGCCUCGGAGGCACACGGACGACGAAGUUUCUAGUGCAGUACAGAACGGUUUACGGUUUACCGGUAUUUCUUAGUUUGUGUUGUGUUCGAGUUGAAAGUUUAAAGUUUAAAACAAAAAGUUCGGACAAGAAAUACUGAAAAUUAACAGUAUGCAUUAUAAAUGUGAAAAAAGUUCAGUUUAUGUAUAAAGUACUAAAGUUGUUAGUAAAAAAAAGUUAUCAACGUGAUAUAAAAAGUAUGUUCGACGCGGUAUGGAUUGCUCGCAUUGUGCCUUCAAGAGCAAGUACUGCACAGGCUCUUAUUGAUACAGAAUAUUUCAUCAUGUCAGACUCUGGUUCAGAAAGUUCUUCUUCUGAGGGUUAUGAUGGAAGGAGAGAUCGUGUUGCAUCAGCUGACAAUGUGGCAUCACCAAACUUCUCACAUCAUUCGUCUAUAUCUGGACGUAAAUCUAGAGCAAGUUCUAUUUCUUCAAGAGGAAAGUCACCUGGAUCUGUUUUAUCAGAAAGAGAUUCAAAAUCCCCAAGAUAUACACCAAUAUCUCCAAAAUCUCAAAGAUCUGGAUUAGCUUCUCCUAGUGAAGUGGGUUCUCCAAGAUCAGCUCGUAGUUUAUCAAAAUCACCACCUGCUUCGCCAAAAUCAUAUCAUUCAGAAAACAAUUCUUUAGAUUCACCAAGAACUGAUCGGAGUUUAUCUCCUAUACAAGAUGAGAGGUCAUCUACUCCCCAAGAUUCUAAGUCUAUACAUCUUGAAGAUGCAGAACCUAAACAGUUUGAACUGGAAGUAGAUGCACAAAGAUCUGGAGACAAUUCUCUUAAAUCAUAUUCUUAUAAAAAUAGUGAAUCGAGACAGAGUUCACCAAAGUCGCCUAGAUCCGGACGUAGUUCACCGAAAUCAUUAUUGUCUGCGAGAAGUUCUCCAAAAUCUGGUCCAGCAUCUCCCAUGGAUGAUCAAGAAUCAGAAAAACAUUCACCGCCUCAUUCCCCACCUAUAAAAGCUUCAUUUAAUGAAUUGGAUGGAGAACAAAUUUCAGAUGGAGAUAUCGAAGAUGAACCUGAAUCAAUAACUAAAUCAAAACCUACUCCGAUUACACAUGGCGAAGAUUUAUCAGAUGUUUCUGAUCUAGAAAGUAUAGAUGGAGUUGAUGGCACUACUGAACAUGAAUCAAUGUUGAAAGAAAAUCAACAAAAUGAAGAGAAACGUAUGAAUAACGAGAAAAUAGAAAAAGAAGAUAAACAUGCACCAGUUGGAUUAACAGAAGAAAGUGAGCAAUUAGAUUUCGAAGCUGAUGGUCAAUGGAAAGAUGAACGUGAUGAAGGUGAAACAGAAGGAUCAGUUAUCAAAGAAAACAAAGACAAAGAUGAUAAAGAUGGAAAAGACAAAGAUAAAGAUAAAUUGAAAAUAAAAGAGGGUGGCGAUAUCAAUGAUAAGGAAGAAGGAGAAGAAGAUGGGGAAAAAGUAGAAUCUGAAUUAGAAGAAGGAGAGCUUAGUGAUGGUGAUGAUGUUCGACCUGAAGAAACAGAACCGAGGCCUGUUUGCCGCUUCUAUAACCGAGGUCAAUGUACAUGGGGAGUUAGUUGUAGAUUUUUACAUCCAGGUGUAACUGACAAGGGAAAUUAUACUAUGUUUGAUAUGGUAAGACCUAUGGCAUAUCCACCACAUGCAGCUGCUCCGCACGAAUUCAGACCGCACAUUGAUAGGCCAAACAUGGUGCGACCAUUACCUGGGUAUGGAGCACCAUCACAUACAUCGAAAGUAGAAGAUUUACCUACUGAAUCUGCGUGGGAACGUGGAUUACGACACGCUAAAGAAAUGAUGCGUAAAGCAAACAAACGCAAGGAAUCAGACAUGGAUUUCGAAGAAAAGAAGAUGAACUUAAGUUUAGGACAAGAUGAAUUAGAUAGAGAAGCAGGAUAUUAUGUAAGAGCAGCUAGUCCAGAACCACCUGUUGAAAGAUGGCCACCUAGAGAAGCACCUAGGAGGAUACCACCACCGAGGCUUACACCAGAAAGAUACAUUGAUGAGCCUGAUACUUAUUACGCACCACCACCAGCAGCACCACCAGAAUAUUACAGGAGGGUACAUUAUAAAGCAGACUCUCGAAUCACUGCUGAAUAUAGAGAACGUAUCGAUUAUCACGCAAUACCUCGGGGAACACCUCAUUCUGUUUCUCCACCGCCACAUACCAGGGAAAGAGAAAGAGAAAGAGAACGAGAGCGGGAACGCGAUAGAGAACGAGAAUAUUAUGAAAAGUAUGAAAAGAAACAUAAACGUCCGUCAAGAGAAGUUAUAGUGGAACGCAUUCCACCAACGAAACCUUGGCGAGAGGAGGAGCCACCACCAGAAGAAAGAAGUAGGGGAGAUGAAUGGGCAGAUCCUUGGAUGCGCCGGAAAUCUCCGAGUACAGUACGUCGAAAUGCAUCAUCUCGACGAUCACGAAGACAAUCAUAUUCUUCGGGUUCUUCAUAUACAUCAACAAGUUCUAGCCGUAGCUCGAGCCGCUCUAGCUACAGUUCUUACGACUCCCUAUCCAGGUCCCGUUCACCAUCCCCUCCUUCUAGAACUCGUGGUGCUGGUAAGGGGAAAGUGGUGGUGACAUCGCCACCUUCUAAUCCUCCAACAGUUGCAGCUGCUGCACCUCAGCGUGGUGCCAUGUUAAUGAAUCCACCUGCUCCUUCUCCUCGUCCACCUAAAGGUUCCAUUUCCCCUACAACUGGUACGCUUCACCGACGAGCUGGUCUUAACCCACCUGCACCGAGUCCGCUUUCUUCUCAUCAGCGUCAUCACGAAAAAGCCAGAGACAAAGCAGCGAUAGCAGCUGCCGCAGUGGCUAAAGUUAUUAAAAGUCGAUCGAGAUCGAGGUCGUCACACAGUAGUUCUGGUUCUGAAAGCAGCGGUAGCAGUAGUGACUCUAGCGAAUCGAGUUAUUCCUCUUCUUCCAGUGAAACACGUCGAAGGAAAGGUUCGACUCCGCCAAUAACACGAAAAGAUUCCAAGGGUAUCGAUGCCUUAAAGCUUAGUGGUACUAAACAACAAAUCAAACUUACAUUAAAGCCGCCAAAUAACACUACGGCAGUAAAAAAAGUUGAUCGAUCUGCUUUGAUGGCUGGGAAGAAAAGAAGUUUAGAAUCACCACCGUUGAUUGACAGUAAAGCAAGCGUCGCUGCAGCUGCAGCCAAAGCAGCAAAGAAAGCAAGUUCACGACGAGAAGAAUUGUUGAAACAACUUAAAGCAGUAGAAGAUGCAAUUGCACGUAAGAGAUCAAAAGUGUAAUGCAGCAUACUUUUGUUGUUUUGGAAACAUGUAUGUACACAUAUGUAAACACAAAUAUUUCCUAAGUAUAAUUAGCUACUAUAAACGUGUGAUAUGAAAAACAGAGUGGAAAAUUCAUAUCAGAACAAAAAAGCAUUUCUAAUUUAACAAAUUUUUCUAACCAUAAUGUUGAUAUUCAACUUCUGAGUUGUUUUUCGAUAACGUGUAAACCAGCGUACAAUGUUAAGCAAAUAUAAUGUAAACUGUAUCACUGUAGUUUCUUUGUUAUUGGAAGUUUAAAACUAUAUGUGCUUCACUACACACAUGCAUAGGGUGGAAAGAAAUGUUUGAUCUUAUUUAUCAUAGGCAAAUUUUAUAUCAUAUACUUGAUGAAAAAACUGCUGCAAGAUCAGGAAGAUUAAACUUGUCCAAGGAAUUAUGAGUUGUAACUUAAUCGUUCUAUUGAAAAAUGACAAAAAAAUGACAAAAAUUGACGAAAUCAACGACUGACUCGCAGAAUAUAAAUGUAAGCAAAAAAAAUUUUGACUGUAAAAUUCAAGGUCAAGAUCAAUUUUGCGGCAAGUUCCUUACAUGUUUUUCACUUAUGAUAGCCAAGACCAAAAAUUUAUUUCUAUCCUGUACGGAUAUGCCUGUAUGCGAAUAGUAAUAGAUAUGUAAAAACUUCGAAUCGAUAUACUUUGUAAGAAUUCAAUGAUCAUAAUAAUUUGUAGAUCUAGGAUAAGAAUAAACUGCAAAAUAACGUCUUAAAACUGCCAAAUGCACGUAAAUGAAGACAAACGUGUAAUUUAUUUAUGUGAGUGAAAAAUUCUGUUGAAAUAUACGAUAUAUCUAUUAUUAUAGCAAACUUACUAUUUUUAAAUAAAUACAAACAAGUUUGGUGAUAUUAAACGACAAUAAAAUGUCGCGCCAGUAUAAAUAUUCUGUAACUUCUCUUUUUAUCUUCUAACAAACUAAGUUGAUUAUUGUAACAUUAUCAUUAUUAGUUCAGUCAAAACUGAAUUAAUUCAAACAAUACUUUUAUCUAAGAGAAUAUAUAUAUUAUAAAAUAUAUAUUAUUAGAAAGUGUGAAUAUUUUAUACAGCUAUUUUUACGUUACAUAUAUACAAUUGCAAAAAUUAUAAAAAAAAAUUUCAUUAUAACAUGCAAAAUAAAUAACGUGAUUAAAAUAUGAUUUUGCUAUACAUAAAUAAAUAUACUAGAUGAAUGAACUUAGGGAUGUAAAAGUUCAUUAAAAAGAAUGUAUUCUUUCAUACAAAUUCCAGUAGGACGAUGUAAAUUAAUUUUCUUCAAAGUAGCGUAAACAGAUAACAAUAAAAUUUGUGAAUUCAUAAUAAAAAAAUAUAUAUAUGUGAUUUUAAUACAAACAUUUUAUUAACAGGACGAACACUUUGUUAACAAUAGUUUAUUAAAUAUAAAUUACAAAACAAGAUCAUAAGAUCAAGACGUUGUUUAUACAUAUAGCUGUAUUCUAGUUUAUUUAAGUUGAUUUAACAGUCCAUGAAGAGGUAGAAAAAUUAUUUUGUUUAAUAUUUUAUAUACAAAUUAGAAAAUAAAUUGGGAUGGAUCGCAAUACUUACGUAAUUGAUUUUUACUUUAAAAUGAAAAUAACAGCUUUCAUUCAACAAAACCACAUCAGUAAUACAAUUCAUCCAAAGUUGAAAAUAUGUACAUUAAAAUGCUAUAUAUACAAGAUUCCAUAGAAUAUUACUUUAGUAAUGCUUUCUCCUAUCAGAUAAGAUCCAGAUUUUAUAUUUUUAUAAUUUUAAACAGCUGUAUAAUUUAAGAUAGGUGAAGCUAUUGUAGAAUUAAUUCAAGUAAAUAUGAGCAUCUCGGAGUACUAAAUUUUUACAUUUAAUGUAUAUACAUGUAAAAAAAAUCAAUGUAAAUGUAUCGGAAACGUUGAUCAAUUCCACUGUGAUAAUUUUAUAAUCUGGAAGCAGUUAUCUCAGAAUCCGAUUGUCUGUUAGCACUGCUUAUGUCGACAGUAUCCUGACUCGUGCGAAUAGGAAGUCCCAUAAAUCUAUUGAUUCCAUUGAGCGUGCUACGUCUCGAUCUAACCGAACUAUUGUCAUGAGUUUUUAUUUCAUUGUACUUGAACAGACCAUCACCGGGCGCGGGCAACGAGUUUUUCGGCGACUUAAACCACCAUUGAUACGUGACGUACCACGUUAAAACGGCGGCUACACCUCCAAGAAAUUUUUCUAUCAUAAUAUGAUAGUAAAGCAUCGUGGAUAUCAACAUAGUAUCCCAUAGUAAUUGUUGCAUCGUCAUUGCAACGAAAAGACCUCUUAGAUAAGGCGUAAGCGCUUUAUGUGCUUUUUUUAGAAACUCCAGAUCAGAGUUGGAAAGAUUCCGGAGUGGUCCAGUACUGGGCUCGUUCGGGGUAACUCGCGAGUGUUCCUCGCGCAUAAUCAAGUCCUUUAUACCCUCCCAGCCGACUAACGAAGAGCCCUCUUCCGCCAGGAUCAAACUUGAGUAUAUAAGGAUGAACGUGUGCCCAGAUAUAUCAAAACCACUCCAAAAUUUGCCGGAUUGGAGGCAUUUUGCUUUCGUCUGCAGCUGCGUGUCCUUCGUGCUGAGACAACGACCGUAGUUCGUCUCGAUAUAAUUGAACAAUUUCGUCCAUAGUAACCACGCGACCGUGGCCAAAACCAGUCUGGCAAGAUGUUUCAACAAAAUCGACCUACGGCCGCAUCCAAGCGUGUGCGCGGUCAACGCGACCCAUGGAACGGUUAUGGUCAGUAACCAUCCCCAUCCCCACUUCACGAAAUACUGAUUGAGCGCGUUAUCCGGACGCGAGAAAUACGUUCUUGGCAUGGUGAUAACAUCCGCUAUCAACGACACCACGAAUAUCGCGCCGCAAUAUAUAGCAACUUUGAGCCUCGUAUCGAACAGUAGAGACUUUUUGCAGACGUGCAGAAACAUCGUUACAAGUACGAGACCUAUGGAGCUUGGGGCAGCUGUCGGACGAGUUCCGCCUCUGUCCUCCUGCGUCGAAUUCGGACGAAAAUUUAGGCCGCUCGACCUUAAGUUGCUUGCCGACGAGCCGAACAUCGCGGAGUUACCAGCCGACGUGUGCAUGCCUCUUCGUUUUCCCGUAGCCAUCGUGUGCAGCCAGUGUGCACGGAGGUUAAUCAUAUGUUAUUGAAUGUACUAAGAAUGUACGUUAUAUCGUCGCAUGGUAAAUUAAUCGGUCUUUUUACACAAUCUGAGGUUAGCCUGCGGUUCGUGACCGUUCCUUUCACGUACAGUUAAAAAACUCUUGAUAAACUUCGUGCCUGACACAACUCAGCUAGUACAGAUUAUCAAUUACGUGUAUAAGACAUUCGAUACUUAAAAUAGUACUACCUGCACUGUGCACUUCUGACUACGCUGAUUUGCUCUGUCAUCCAGUAGUCUUCCCCUUCCCCUGUUAACAUAAAGAAUUCGACGCUUGGAUAGCUAUUUUUCCUUAAUACUUUGAGUACCCGCGUGUACCAAAUUGCACGCCGAAUGAAAUUUUUGCUUUGUACUGAAACUUCUUCGUUAUUUUCCUCUAUUUUUAGUAAAAAUUAUUUUCUUUGUUAUAUAGUGUAUUUUUUGGUUUCAACGUUUAUUUAUGAAAUUUAUUUAUUGUGAAUUUAUUGCAACAAUAAAUAAAAUUCAAGCCCUCGAAAAGCCAAAAAUUACAUAAUUUUACACAUUUCCCAAACUUUAUAUCGGGUAUCAUUUCUGGUGCACGCAGCAUUUUAGAAUAAAACUAUUCGCUAUUAAAGGAGAAAGAUAAAAUCACUAUUUGUUUCGAAAUCAUUGAAAUGAAAUCAUUUUGUCUUGUUUAUUUCACAAUCAAGAUCAAAUAUAAUUUAUUCAAAACGUUUUAACUGUAUUUACAUUCCUUUUUUUUGACAGCAAAAAUUUAUACAUGUAAAUCUUAUUUUACUAAAAAAACUGUAUUGUAAAAUAAAUAUUAAAUUGAUAUCACAUUAAUAUUAAUAUUAGAUUAGAACAUUUUUUAUAAAGGAAAUAAAAUAUUAAAUGAAUCAGGAAAUGUUUUGGAGUGAUAAAUAAAUACCGA